AUGAAUUUAUGUGCUCUCAGUAUUCUGAAAGGCCGUACAUGCGAAGAACCUGAUACUUACCUAAUGUUUGCCGAUGGUGACCGCAUUGUCGAUGCCUCCAUCGAGCCUGACAUCAAAGCAAGCAAGCCGCUGAAGGAACCAUUCCCGGCAAUCGAAAACUUGCAAGUGUUCGACGUUGAUGUGAAUCUGCGAAGAAUCUAUUAUGUUACGGAAUCACCAGCCGGAGUGAAUAUCAGUUGGUUCAGCAUGAAUAACGCUGAAAAUCCGAGAAUGAUCCUGGGAGCAACGAAGCAGAAGCACGCCGCUGAGAUCCGGCACAUCUCUGAUAUGAAGCUGGACUGGAUCACUGAAAAAGUCUACUUCACAACUGGACGUGCUGGUAAAGUGAUGUCGAUCGAUUCUCAGGGAGAUCAUCUGAGCACCAUCGCCGUCGGUGACUGGACCUAUGCCUUAGCGCUGGACCCAUGCAGUGGAUUGAUCUUCUGGAGUGAUAGCGGCUACAAAGCUACUGGAGGUUCGUAAAA